ACGCAACGCCACCGGGAAUCACGAACACGAGGUACUGCCCGGUGUCAGCAAGCACCCAGGAGCGAAAGAUGAAAACACGAGUGAUUAUUUCGCAAACAGAGAGAGAGAGGGGCCCUCACCUCUCAUCUCUCAUCUCAAAUCUCGAUCUAUUUGAGUCUCUAUCGACAAUCUCUCGGUUGGGGUAGAUGCCAUCAUUUCUUUGUCCGUGACUACUCGCCAACACUUGUUCUUUAUUCCAGCCCAGGGUGGAACUCGUGGCCUCGCCGAUCGAAGGCUUUGUGCGACGUGCGCAGUCAAAUCGGUGAUUUGCUCAGCCUUGUCUUACAGAACGACGAAUAGGUCUCUGCCUCUGUCAGCUCGUCUGCCAGCCAUCAUUGCCACCACUCUCACCACAUCCUUAGUCUCUCCUCCAUCCUCGCCAUUAGCUACAGCCACCACCAAAAAUGUCUAAUGCUGCGGACGCGGCGACAAUAACUUCCAGGGCGACGACGUCGACCGGAAGCGGCUCCUCCACAUCGUCAGCGAGGACAGGCACAGCGACACACACGAUCGAGGUCGGCUCCAAAAUCUCUCCCCACGGAUACACUCCGCAUAACGUCACCGCUGCCGUAGGCGAUGUGAUAGUCUUUGAAUUCUAUCCUCGAAACCAUUCCGUUGUGAAAGCAGACUACCUGGCACCAUGUGUGCCGGCUAGCGGGUCGAUCUUCUAUUCUGGAAUCUUCAAUAGUUUCAAUGAAGAAGAUGGCGAGUUGGUUGGACCGCCACCCACUUGGUCUCUUGUAGUCAAUGACACCGAGCCAACCUUCUUCUAUUGCACGGCCAUAGACUCCUGCCUCGUGAACGGCAUGGUAGGCGUCAUCAACCCCAACGAAACUAUGACCUGGGAAGCACAGUAUGAGAAAGCAAAGACCUACCCCUACAUGCUCGUUCCCGGCCAAUCUAUCCCAGCUGAAGGCUCCAUUCCAUCCUCAACAAGCAUCUCGAGUGCAAGCCCAUCCGCUUCCGCAUCCUCAUCUGGCUCUGGUGGUCUCAGCGGCGGCGCCAUAGCAGGCAUUGUGGUGGGCUCUGUAGCCUUUGUCGGCAUCCUGGGUGCAUUGUUCUUCGUCCUCGGAAGAAACAGGGUCUACCAGAAGUGGAUGUCCUCGCAGGAUGGUCGCACAGAGCGGACGGCUAGGUGGGCGUCGAUGUUAAGUCCCGGCCAUGGAGCCGGGGAUCAGAGCCAGGGUCAAGGACACGGCCGAGGAAAGAGUGAUUUUGAUGCGGGAGCUGGGUUAGGUGUAGGUAUGAUGCAGACGCCGGGACAGCCUCUUCAGCAGCAACACCAGGGGCAGCACCCAUACGCGGACUACGUGAAUGCACAGUCCCCCGGGUCGGGAGCGUAUGCGACGAGUCCGGAUAUGGCGGGGUCACCGCAGCCUCAGAGCCAGGGCGGACAUUGGAGUUGGGAUGCGCAGCAACAGCAGCAGGUUUACCAGGGCCCGGGGCAGGGGCAACAGCAAGGACAGGUGUAUUAUGAGGCGAUGGCAAGGGGACCCUCAGAAUUAGAGGCCACGAGUAGGAAGUGAGCGUGAGGGAGCCUGGAUGUGCGAUCGGGGUGUCGACUCCGUCGCAUAUAUCAGAAGUAGUGUUUAUACCCUUUUUGGUUUAACCUUCUCGAUUUGACUGUUCUCAUGGGAUUCGGGUUUGUCUUUCUUUUCUUUUCUUUGUUCCGAGCUUGGAUUUAGGCAGAACAAAAUACCAUUCAAGCAAGGAUAGGAGUUGCAAAUUGUAUGAAAUUUGAGGCAAC